CUCCGCCUCCUCUUCCUCCUCUUCCCAAAACUUGGAAUGAUUUCAAAGCCUCGCUUCCCCCAAAACCAGCAAAAGAGAGGAGAGGAAAGGAGGCAGCCGCCUCUCGCCACCAAACCAACCUCCAGGUUAAAUGAAUACCUGACGAAAGGGCCCACGUUUCAAGGCAGUGACAUUUGAUAGCUGAGAGGAAAAGUGGCUUUAAUGAAAAGCAAGCUUUGGAAUUCCUGCUCCUAAGACGAAGAAGAGGAGGAGGAGGAAAGAGAAGAAGAAGAAAAAUCCUAUUCAGCUUUUUUUGUGCUGCUAGCAAGAAAUGAUCAGUAGCACCAGUGUUUAUGCAACUCUGGAAGAAAUCUAUCUCUUACAGAGCGGGUUAUGGGGCAGCGAAAGAGGCUUGAAGAUGCAGUGGACGCCAGAGCAUGCCCAGUGGCCAGAGCAGCACUUUGAUAUCACCUCCACAACCCGAUCGCCUGCCCACAAGGUAGAAGCUUACCGCGGACACCUGCAGCGCACCUAUCAGUAUGCUUGGGCUAAUGAUGACAUCUCUGCUCUAACUGCUUCAAAUCUGCUUAAAAAAUAUGCAGAAAAAUAUUCUGGUAUCUUGGAAGGGCCAGCUGAACGGCCUAUUCUGAGUAACUAUUCAGAGCCUCCAUCAGGGCUGGUGAAUGGUCGCAAGAGUGAGAGUGAACCUUGGCAGCCUUCUUUGAACUCUGAUAGUGUUUAUCCUAUGAACUGUGUCCCAGAUGUUAUUACUGCCAGCAAAGCUGGAGUAAGUACUGCCCUUCCUCCAGCGGAUGUUUCUGCCAGUAUAGGGAGUUCACCUGGGGUGGCCAGUAACCUGACAGAACCUAGCUAUUCUAGUAGUACAUGUGGAAGUCACACUGUACCUAGUUUGCAUUCAGGGCUCCCAUCUCAGGAAUAUGCCACUGGAUACAAUGGAUCUUACUUGCAUACAAGUUACAGUGGCCAGCCAGCACCUGCACUUCCUUCACCUCAUCCAUCCCCUUUGCAUAGCUCUGGGCUUUUACAACCACCCCCGCCUCCACCUCCCCCACCAGCCCUAGUACCAGGCUACAAUGGGACAUCUAACCUUUCCAGUUAUAGCUAUCCCUCUGCAAGUUAUCCUCCUCAAAGUGCUGUUGGGCCUGGGUACAGCCCUGGUGGCGCACCUCCUCCUUCAGCAUAUCUGCCUUCAGGAAUCCCUGCUCCAACUCCUCUCCCCCCUACCACAGUACCUGGUUACACCUACCAGAGUCACGGUUUAACACCCAUUCCACCUUCUGCCCUGACAAACAGUUCAGCAAGUUCACUCAAAAGGAAAGCUUUCUAUAUGGCAGGUCAAGGAGAAAUGGACUCCACUUAUGGAAAUUACAGCUAUGGCCAACAGAGAUCUACACAAAGUCCCAUGUACAGGAUGCCUGACAACAGCAUUUCAAAUGCAAACAGAGGAAAUGGUUUUGACAGAAGUGCUGAACCAUCAUCCUUAGCAUUUAAGCCAACAAAACAGAUAAUGGCAUCUGAACAGCAAAGGAAAUUCAGCCAGUCCAGUAGGGCUCUGACACCUCCUUCCUACAGUACUACUAAAAAUUCACUUGGGUCAAGAGCAAAUGAACCAUUUGGGAAAUACAGCUCCCCCGUAAUGAAUGAACAUAGUGAUGAGCACAGGCAGCUCCUUCCUCACCCAAUGCAAGGCCCGGGACUUCGUGCAGCUACCUCAUCUAACCACUCUGUGGAUGAACAACUGAAGAAUACUGACGCACACCUCAUUGACCUUGUAACCAAUGAGAUUAUCAACCAGGGACCUCCUGUGGACUGGAAUGACAUUGCUGGCCUAGAUUUGGUAAAGGCUGUCAUUAAAGAGGAGGUUUUAUGGCCAGUAUUGAGGUCAGAUGCAUUCAAUGGGCUGACUGCUCUACCUCGGAGCAUCCUUUUGUUUGGACCUCGAGGAACAGGCAAAACAUUAAUGGGCAGAUGUAUAGCUAGCCAGCUGGGAGCCACUUUUUUCAAAAUCACUGGCUCUGGUCUUGUCACAAAAUGGUUAGGGGAAGGAGAAAAAAUAGUUCAUGCUUCCUUCCUUGUGGCAAGGUGUCGCCAGCCCUCAGUGAUUUUUGUUAGUGACAUUGAUGUGCUACUUUCAUCCCAAGUGAACGAAGAACAUAGUCCAGUAUGUCGGAUGAGAACCGAGUUCCUUAUGCAGCUGGACACUGUGCUAACUUCUGCUGAGGACCAAAUAGUAGUAAUUUGUGCCACCAGUAAACCGGAAGAAAUAGAUGAAUCUCUUCGAAGGUACUUCAUGAAACGACUUUUAAUCCCACUUCCUGACAGCACAGCAAGGCACCAGAUAAUAGUACAACUGCUCUCACAGCACAAUUACUGUCUCAAUGACAAGGAGGUUUCACUGCUUGUCCAGCGUACGGAAGGUUUUUCUGGACUAGAUGUUGCUCAUUUGUGUCAGGAAGCAGUAGUUGGCCCUCUCCAUGCCAUGCCAGCCACAGACCUUUCAGCCAUUAUGCCCAGCCAGUUGAGGCCCGUUACAUAUCAAGACUUUGAAAAUUCUUUCUGCAAGAUACAGCCUAGCAUAUCUCAAAAGGAGCUUGAUACAUAUGUUGAAUGGAACAAAAUGUUUGGUUGCAGUCAGUGACAAGUCUUUUUU